AUGCCAGCCGAUGGCCGCUGGCGUUGUGCUGAAUGCGGCGCCAGCACCGACCAGCCGGACGACCAUUUCCUCCAUGAACAUUACGAUGGCUCAUUUAUAUGCAGGCAAGCGGUUUUUAUAGCGUUUGUAUUUGUUAGAGACCGGUUUCAAUGUUAGUUUUGAGGUCACGGGGGGAUAUCUGUUCUGAUUUGCUUUCUUCAUGGUUCUUGCCGCUUUUUGGACCAAAUUUCGAGGUUUCUUCCCUAAUUAUUGGGUUCUUUUUUUGGAAGAAAGGUUGAUUAACAAAUUCCCCAUCCUUUGAAUAGUAAUCCGUAUGUACUUUUUGGUGACCCUAGCAAAAUACGAGAAGAGGAGUGAAUUGCCUUGUGUAAUACGAAUUGAUGUUUCAUUUUCAGAUCCUGCUCGUUUCUGGCGUCAAACCAAGAGGAGCUCGUCGCACAUUUCCAUGAAAAACACUUUGCUGCGUCACGUAAGUCCGUCUUUUCAUUGUUAUUCUUUCGGGUUUAGGUCGGGAAUCAGACAUGACCGAGCUGUCGUUGCGGCCUUCGUCGUCCAGUUUCACUUUAAAUAGGUAA